UGAGUUAGAAGAAUAAAGAACGACUUUUCCAGCGAGUCAACGUCCAGCCAAGAACCUCUGCACAAUUUCCUGGUUACUUGUCCAGGACGCAUCGUCUCUUUCUGCCUGCACCAGCACCAUCAUUCUGCUUGCAUCGAGUCAUUUGCUCUCAACCCAUCUUCGAACAUGUCUCCCAGGACCCGACGCAUCUUCUUCUUCGACGAAAAUAGUCUCAACUCCACUGCCACGUCUUUGGAAACUCCGAGUCAAUCCAUGACGAUCUUCACCGACUAUAGUUUUCGAUUGUCCGACACUCAAGGUUCUUGUAAUGAUGGUGGUAUCAACGAGGAUCAUGCGGGUCGCAGCUCUUUCAACGAGCGUGUGGCGAAGCUUCCGCCUCAUGCGCGCGAGAAACUGAAGGAGCUUCUGAUCAGGAAUGGUCACGAAGAUGCUGCGGCUGCGCUCGAAGCUGUACAUGAUGCGUCGGCUUCUCAACUUUCAGCCUGCGUGGCUCUAAGUUCAGACGAAGAAGAGGUGAAUCUAUACUUGAAGAUCACCAAGACAGUGGCCCUGAAAGUUAAGAAAAAUUCGACUGUGGAGGAUAUCAAAGCAUUUAUUCAGAACAAGGAACAAAUUGAUGGACAUAGUCAGCAUAGUCAGCAGCUCUUUUUGGGAGGCAAUCGUCUUGAAGAUGGAAAAGGACUAGUUGAUUAUGAAAUCCACGGUCGCCCCACACUCCAAGUCAUUGAAGAUUCGGCUACGAUGACAGUAAAUAUCCAAAUCUUGUCAACUCAGAAAAACUUGCAGCUCGAAGCGAGAAAUCAGGAUACUGUCCGAGAUGUUAAAUUCAUGAUUCAAGCAAAGGAAGGGAUUCCACCGAAUGAGUUUGAUCUGGUAUUCGGGGGAAAGGUGCUUGCAGAGGACAGGACCCUUGCUUCACUCGACUUACUGCAAGAGCUCACGUUUCAUUUGGUUUUCCAUCCCAAAGAUGAUGUGUCAGUUUUUGUUGACAUGUCCAAUCGCAGAGUCACAUUAGACGCUAAAUUUUGGUACACUGUGCUUGAUCUCAAAGCCAUAGUCGGAACGAUGAUGUCGGCAGAGGUGAUGAGCUUGCAUAUGGUCUAUCAGGGGAAGCAGCUUGAGGAUCACAAGACUUUAGCUUGUUACGACAUUGCGGAUGGCUCUGUCUUACAAUUGGUGUCUCCCUAUGCUCCAUUUCAGAUAUUUGUCAAGUGCAGGAAUGGUAAGACACUUGCUCUUCAGGUUUGCAGGUCUGACACAGUCAAGGAAGUGAAGAACAAGCUGCAGGUGAGUAUGCCGGCCAAAUUGCGCGAUAUUGCUUAUGUGGGAAAAAGGCUUGCUGAUGACCAUGACCUGGCAAGCUAUGGCAUCAAGGAGAAUUCGAUUCUCUUUGAGAUUGUCUCGCCUCAUAGUAAAUGAAAUGCCUUGAGUUUGUAAAUGCUGAGUGAAGAGCAUCAUAUUUCUGAUUUGGCUUUUGAAUUAGAAGGAAUUGUGAACAGAAAGCUGGAAAUUAGUAUCUGAUAUUUAUGCAUCUGAGGCGAAUUUUCUUGAUAUGUCAUUAGUACAUCAUGUGCGAUGAAGUAUCUGUUUCCUUACAUUAAAUAUUUGGAAUUUGUAGAAUCUCAGCAGUACAUAUUUUGUGGGUU